AUGCGCGGAAAUCAGCCUUCGAGCAUCUUCAUUGCGCCCUUGCGGAUUCAAAAGAAUGGUGGUCCUGACAAUAACCACGACCAUGGUCCUGGCCCAACGACCAUCUUGGACUCGGAACAUCUCGACGAAUUAGUCCUGGAUCAUGCACGAUUCCACAAUUACCUGCGAGCCCUGUAUCCUUUUCAACCCUCUUCUCCCCACUCCUCUACAACCGUCACGCUUCCUCUCAAUGCCGGAGACAUUAUCUUGGUCCAUUCGGUCCAUGUCAAUGGCUGGGCCGACGGGACGGUCUUGGAGACAGGCGCUCGAGGUUGGCUGCCCACCAACUACUGCGAAGCGUACGACUAUGCUGCCAUGCGACCUCUGCUGAAGGCCUUGACCGAGUUUUGGGAUAUCGUGAAAGCCGGCACAGACUCCAGUGCAAGCCUUUUCCGCAACCAGGAUUACAUGAGAGGCUUGGUCGCCGGAGUUCGUGCCUUGCUGGAAAGAUCCGACUGCCUGACACGGGACUCGGCCUUGGUCAAAGAGCAUGAAGCCGUCCGUAGUUCUCGGAAGAGCCUGCUAUCAGACCUAGCAUUGCUUGUUCGCACCGCCAAACAGCUACAGCAGAUUGUAACACCCGUCACUCCCAAUACGGACCUCGGCACCAGACUCGAUGACAUGCUCCUUCAGGCCUUUCGGAUCGUCACGCACGCUGUCUCUUUCUUCGACAUUUGGACCGCCGAGACCACGGCAGCUCUGAGCCCGACAGUGCCUCCUGAGGGAUUGACCGAACCGUUGUCGCCCCUGUCCCCCAACCUGUCCAAUCAUACCCAGUCCAUUCUGCGCAAUCCAGCAUCCGUGGAAACCAAGCCAUCACCAUAUACGCUCAUCUCCCAGCGUACCAGCCGCAACAUGCCAGCGCGGAUCUCCCCUCUACGCCGGCAGUCGUCUACCACACAUCGAAUGUCUUACGGUCGAGGAGUGGACCCGAUGAAUCUGAAUCUGAUUUCACAGCUUUUGCAUAAGGCCUACGACGACUUCCUCACCGUGUUGGCCUCUUUUCUGGGGUCGCACAUGCAGUCAAGGUCCUCGUCGGAACUUCUCCUGACCACGCAGAAUGCUGUCCGAUCGUGUCGUCAACUCUUCACCAUUGUGGAGACAGUCAUCGAGCGAGAUUAUAGCACUUCGCGACCCUUGAUUCAGGCCAAGGACGCCAUGUAUUACGCCAUCACCGAAUUGGUUCAUGCUGCACGACAAGUUUUCAAGCCUGUCCAUUCUAUGGAAGACGACUUGAUUUACCUGCCUGAGGAGGCUCAUAACCUCGUGCAAGCUGCCACUGCCUGUGUAAGUGCUGCAGGACGAUGUGUCGCGAGAACGAAGACGACCUUGGAAGAGAUUGGCGACUUCGAAGUGGAAAGUCUGAGCCAGUUUGCAAACAGGGCAUCAAAUGGGUCGAACACGCCAGAACUUACUAGCCAUGAUCGUCAAUCGGACACCAUCCUCCGGUCCACGCUGCUGGCCUCCACGAGAAGGGCAGAAUCGCACUUGCCAGAUGGACGACCUGGAAGAUCUGUUCUCGGCGGCAACCUGACCCCUCCGCUUUCCGUGAACACGACUGAAUCGCCAAUAUCUGACUUUGGUAGCGGUCCCAUCACACCAAGGGACGAAGUGGCGACGAGGUUCACUCGCACAGUACCUCUGCCACCGCCACCCGUGCUGCAUUCAAGGAACACUACUGCUUCACCAGAGCUCAAUAUGUUCUCGGGAGGCCUCAAAAGGCAGCCAUUGGCGACGGUACUGGCCGUGACAACCACCAGAAGCGACAGCAGCGCCGACUCAAGCCGUCGACAUUCUGUUCCGAGCAAUGUGUCCACAGCAUCUACCCGAGUCACCUCCUUCCAUGGUGGCGCCCAUGACUACUUUACGGAGUCCUCAUCGCCCUCACUGGUCGACGACGAGCUGCGGCGUCAUGGGGACGACGAUGAUGGCGAAGCUGAGAUUCUGAUUCACACUUUCGCCCAGGAGCUUGUUAUUAAUCGAGAGGGCAUGAUUGUCGGCGGUACGCUGAACGCUUUGGUGGAGCGCUUGACAGCCCAUGACUCUACACCCGAGAUUUCUUUCAUUAGCACGAUUUAUCUGACUUUCCGCUUGUUUGCUACACCGGAAGACUUUGCAAAGGCACUUGCAUUUCGAUUCUACUAUGUUGCCGACAACUCGAGGAUCGCAAAUCCUGUACGGCUCAGAGUUUAUAAUGUUCUCAAGGGCUGGAUGGAGUCGCAUUGGAGACACGACUGUGAUGACACAGCUCUCCCGGUUAUUGUAGGAUUUGCAAGAGAGUCUCUGGCGCCGGUUCUUCCCAGUGCAGGCAAGCGGAUCCUUGAGCUGGCCGACCAUGUCUCGUCAACCAAUCGACCUCUGGUACCCAGAGUGAUUUCUGUGAUUGGAAAGACAAACACGUCUUCUGCAGCCUACGUCGAUCCGGGUGCACCCAUGCCGACGCCGGUCAUAUCAAAGAGCCAACUCACUGCGUUGAGGGCAUGGAAAAUGGGCGGCGCUGGUGUCAGCAUUCUCGACUUCGAUCCGCUUGAGCUUGCUCGUCAAAUUACGCUAAAAACCUCAAAGCUCUUUUGUUCCAUCAUGCCCGAGGAGCUCCUUGCAACGGAAUGGACGAAACGUAGCAGUUCUCUUGCUGUCAACGUCCGAGCCAUGUCUACUCUGUCCACGGAUAUCUCAAACCUCGUCUCAGAUUCGGUUCUCCAAUUGGAAGAACCUAAAAAGCGAGCUGCCAUCCUCAAACAAUGGAUCAAAAUCGCCGAUAAAUGUUUCGAAAUGCACAACUACGAUACAGUAAUGGCAAUUGUCUGCGCCCUGGAUUCAACCAAUAUUAAGCGCAUGAGGAAGACUUGGGAGGCUGUACCACAGAAGACCAAGAGCAUGUUUGACGAGUUGUGCAAGGUCGUGGAUGUGUCAAAGAACUAUUCUGUUCUACGUCAGCGCGUCCAGUCACAUCUUCCACCAUGUCUACCUUUUAUCGGAGUGUACUUGACUGAUCUCACCAUGGUCGACUCUGCAUAUCCUGCGACGCGAGAUCUCGCCACUGAUCAAGGCAAGAUAUCGGUCAUCAACCUGGACAAACACAUGAGUACGGCAAAAAUCAUUUCCGACCUCCAGCGGUUCCAGAUUCCUUACCGAUUUACCGAGAUCUCGGAACUGCAAACAUGGAUGCAAGACCAAUUGAUACGCGUCCGGUCGGCCGGUGAUAAGAGCUUCCAAUUGCACUAUCGACGCUCCCUCGUACUGGAGCCCAAGGGGCCAAACAAGAGCCCAAAUCCAGAUUCAACACACUCUGGCAAAGACAAAGACAAAUUUGAUUUUCUCAACUGGACUCACCUGCUGCAGAAGGAUAAGCCUGUUCCAGUUUCCAGCUGA